CUCGACAUGGCCGAGUCCGAGUCACAGUCCUGGCGCCAACAGCUCGCCUCCCCACCAUACGGAUACGCUCCAUACCCAAAGACGACGCGACAUCGACAGGGGCAGCUUCUCAGAGGCUUACAGGCCCCGAUGCCCUGUUCUCUGGCGGUCUGACCCCGUCGGGACCCAGCCUCGCCCAGUCGGUUUCCCCGUCUCCUCAGGUCCGCGCCCACCUCGCGACAUGGGCCUCCGUCGAGAUGAGCAGCUAUUCCAUGGGUGUUUUGAGCAGUAAUCCUGUUCUUGCUGCUGCUGGUGCUGCUGUCGCUGCUGCUGUUGCAUCAUCUGGUCGUUCAGGGGGGUCAGGCUUGAUUCACGCACCCAAACACCAAGCUUGAAUCGUGAGUCGCUUCGCUGCGACAGCUUCGUCAUAACGACCCCGUCACGACUACUCAAAUUAUCAGUCCUUACCUCGCUUGACGCGACGUCUCCUUGGCGUCGCUGACGUAUUUGAGCCUUCUCCACCCUCUUUCCAGGUCGUCUCGAUACGACGAGACCACGCAGCCGGCCGUUCGCGAAUAAUUACAGCAUCACUCGAUCGACACCCGACGGAACGACGGACUGACCGACGAACGGUGCGAACAAUGGGCUACAUCGCCAACACUCCCGAAGACCGCCUCGAGCGCUCCGACUCCAAAAACCCGAAAACAACCUGCAAGGGCCUGACGGGCUCUGGCAACCUAUGCCGCAACCCCGUCACGCCCGCCAAGGGCAAGGCCCUCUCGCCGACGCUCAAGGAGGAGUCGCUCUAUUGUCACCACCAUAAAGACCAGGCCGCCAGCCGCUCUGCCCAGUCGAGCCCCGGGCCUAGAAUGUCCGGUAAGCCAAUUUUGGGAGAACGCACGAGCAUCGAUACCCUCGCCGACCGCCUCGGCCUCGUAGACAUCGGGUCGAACCCGAGCAAGAAGCAAAAGCGACCACAGGGGGGGCGCCCAAGCGGCGGGAGACCGCAGCCGACGACCUCAAAGCCAUCGGUCGCGCAUUCCCGCCCGCCAAAGAAGGAGAAGCAGCUGCAUUUCUGCUUCUGCUUCACGAUCCCCAUCGACGAGGUCCAGGAGGAGUCACAGCCCGCGCCCCGGCCCCAGCCGCGACCGGUGCAGAACGGCGGCUCUGCAGCUGUGCCUCGGCCCUCGAGCCAGCUCCUUUCCCCCUCGAACGGUGGGCGCCCGACGGCGAGCACGUCGAGCCACUCCCGAAAGAGCUCGCAGCCGUCGCCGCAGCCGCUGUCGACGUCACAGACGGCGCAAUACCUGUCCCUCAUCCCGCCGACGACGGACCCGCAGACGGCCUCGGCGCUGAUGGCCGAACUGGCACGGCCGUACGGCAGCUCCGAGGAGCCGGGCUACAUCUACAUGUUCUGGAUCACGCCGACGUCCAAGAAGGAGGCGGCGCCGCUGCAGGAGGCGAGGUCCCUCCUCGCGCCCCCCUCGCCGGCACGGGGCGGUGGUCGGCAGCGGCGGUCGAGCGACGUGGUGUCGGCGUUUGCCAAGGCCAACGGCGGCGCGUCGGCGGACAACAAGAUGCUCAUUAAGAUCGGGCGGGCGGCCAACGUGCAGCGACGCAUGCAGCAGUGGACGAAGCAGUGCUCGUACGAGAUCGAGGUGCUGCGGUACUACCCGUACAUACCGGGGUCGAGUGCGGCGUCGGGCGAGCAGCCGCGCAUGACGCCGCACGUCCACCGCGUCGAGCGGCUCAUCCACAUUGAGCUCUCGGGCAUGGGGCUUCACGCAGGGCCCAUCACCUGCGCCGGGUGCAAUCAGGUGCACCGCGAGUGGUUCGAGGUGCAGACGUCCAAGAAGGGCAUCGGCGCCGUGGACGAGGUGAUUCGGAGAUGGUCCGACUGGGACGAGACGCAGGUGUAGGGAGGGUAUGAUCUGGGUUGAGGGGGGGGAGUGUUGUCGUUUUUGUUUCCCCCGCAUGCGAGCACUCUGCAUUUUGGACGGCGCAAACACGGCAUGUGUGUAUAUAUAUAUGAGUAUAUACCUAUAGUUGUAGAUGACGUCGAGUGACAUCCUGCAUAUGCAGUAUGUCCACAGAUGGAGAACAUAGACACAGAGACAGAGACAGAGACCUCGGGGACCAACGGAACCCUGCAGUUAUCACAUAAUCAACAAGUUGGAGUUCUACAAUA